GGCGUCAGCGGCCCGAGCGCGGCGCGGACCGGGAUGCGCGCCCUCUUGCAGCCCCCGCUUGCGGGCCUGGGCGCGGUGCGGCUCGAUGGCAGGUAGCGGCGGCCAGGGCGGCGGGGCCGGGGGCGGCCAGGGCGCGGGGCCAGGGCCGGGGGCCGCACUACGGGCUCCUCGUGCGCCUCUGCUGCUCGCCGCUCUGGUUCUGGGCGCCUACUGCCUCUGCGCCCUCCCCGGCCGCUGCCCGCCAGCUGCCCGCGUCCCCGCGCCGGCUCCCGCGCCCGCUGAGCCGUCCCGUGCCGCCCGCAACCUGGAGGCUCCGGUCUUGCCGGUGGCCAGCGGCUCGGGCCGCCGGCGCUUCCCGCAGGCGCUCAUCGUGGGAGUGAAGAAGGGCGGCACGCGCGCCCUGCUGGAGUUCCUGCGCCUGCACCCCGACGUCCGCGCCCUCGGCUCCGAGCCCCACUUCUUCGACAGGUGGUACGAGCGCGGCCUCGCCUGGUACAGGAGCCUGAUGCCACGAACUCUGGAUGGACAGAUCACCAUGGAGAAGACGCCCAGCUACUUUGUGACUCGUGAGGCCCCUUCCCGCAUCCAUGGCAUGUCCCCGGACACGAAGCUGAUCGUAGUGGUGCGGAAUCCUGUCACUCGGGCCAUCUCUGACUAUGCCCAGACGCUCUCCAAGACCCCGGGCCUGCCCAGCUUCCGUGCCCUGGCCUUCCGCCACGGCCUGGGCCCAGUGGACACAGCCUGGAGUGCCGUACGCAUCGGCCUCUACGCCCAGCACCUGGACAACUGGCUGCGCUACUUUCCCCUGUCCCACUUCCUGUUUGUCAGUGGUGAACGCCUGGUCAGUGACCCAGCUGGAGAAGUUGGCCGUGUACAGGACUUUCUGGGCCUCAAACGGGUCGUCACAGACAAGCACUUCUAUUUCAAUGCCACCAAGGGUUUCCCUUGCCUCAAGAAGGCCCAGGGGAGCAGCCACCCCCGCUGCCUGGGCAAGUCCAAGGGUCGGCCCCAUCCCCGAGUGCCCGAGGCCGUGGUCCAGCGUCUGCGGGACUUCUACAGGCCCUUCAACCGCAAGUUCUACCAGAUGACCGGCCAGGACUUCGGCUGGGACUGAGAGGCCAGGCCCGCCUAUGCUCUGCCUGGGGACACUCAGUAACCUUAAUUUAUGCCUGCCACCUUGCCAGAGCAGGCUGUGUGCACAUUCUGGGUAGAGAGAACUAUUUAAGAAAUAAAGUUUGGCUCUGUGUUCUUUCACAUGACCUUAAGGUUGGAGGGUGGGGCUAGCGGUCUACUGCCCAGGGAAACGGUAAUCACACCAGCUAAGUCUAGUGGGCAGUGUUGGAGUGCCAGGAGUGGUCCAGAGUUGAUCCCUUAUAAACCCUUUGAGGUGUGCAGUGAGCUUAGCCAUAUGUCACAGAUGAGCAACUGAGGCUCAGAGAGUUUUAGGGCUGCCCAUGGACACACAGCUUCUGUGAUUCUGGAGGCCGUCCUAGGGCUCUCUUCCCAGCCCUGAGACACUGAGCUGGGUUGUCCCGUGUUCGGGAUGGGGAAACGCCCCACGUUGCCCGCCUGAGUGGUGGGGCAGGAUUAAAGCUGGGUACGUUCACCUCUUCCGGCUGCUCUCAUGACCUCAGCUAAUUUGUCAUCCUAGCGCCCAGUAGACGCUCCCUCCUGGAAGCCUGGUGGGAUUGCUGGACAGUGAGUGUGAGCUGACUCCUGUGUGCAGGCAACGGUGCUUCUCACAGCCUCCUAGCAGCUCCUCACGCAGCCCGGCACUGCCUGCCACAGCCUGUGCCUACAGGUAACACCCACACCACAGGCCCCACCCCCGAGAUCCCGCCCCCACUGCAGGGUGCCCCCACUCAAUGGGCCUGCCCCCUGCCGCAGGCCCUAGAUGCCCCAGUUCUGCACUCACCCAGCUUGCAGGUGCAGGGAGGAUGGGCAGAAAUGGAGGCCCAUCUGCAGCCCAGCUGCCUGCUCAGCUCCUAACCUAGUCGGCCAGAGCGAGGCAGGCUGGGAUGCGCUGUCCACCCCUCUUCCCCCAGGAAUGUGAGGCUCCUCGCUAAUGACUGUCUUGCUCCUGGCCAUAGUGCUGUCUGCCAGGUGCCCACCAGUUGCUCUGACAAUGACUUCCAGAACCCCUGCGGCCCAGACCUGGCAUUCCCUUACUGCGCUGAGCUCUCCUAGGACCCGGCGGUGGGCUCUGCUCUGGCCCUGAUGUGGCCUUUCCACCCCUGGGCUCCUUGGAGCCACUCGCUGUCCAGGGCCCCAGGGUCAGAAUGAGGGAGGAUUUUCAGGGGAGCAGGAGCUUGUCAGUCACCAUGCUCCUUUCUGGAUGACGGUGAGCCCGUGGCCCCACCAGUAUCCAUUGUCACUCUCUUUGUCACACGACCCACCAGUGGUGUGGAACAUGGGGUCCGCUGAUGGUAUGUGAGAAGAGGCUCAGCAGCAGGUGGGGAGGGAGAUGGGGGUGUCUGUCUCCAGGAGACCUGUCCCUUUCCCUCCUAGUUCUGGGCCCAGAGGACAUUCUCAUCUGGAGCUGCCCUGAGGGGCCAGCAGUCUCUCUGGUCCACAUCUGGGCCAGGCCAGGGCAGGGCUGGGGCCUGUUCCCAAGCCACUUUGGUGAAACUGGUGGCAGAUGUGGGUGAGAUGUACCCAUAGCUUCCUCCCCAACUCGGACCUCAGAUGUGGGUGGAGGGCAGUGUUGCCCCAAUGUACAAUAAUGAUGGUGAAGAAGGAGCGCUCUUCAUUUUGGAAUCCCUGCUGGGUGGCGAGCAUGGGGCCUGGCAGCUCUGUCCUCAUUCCUUGUGCAGGAGCCCCACUCAGGGACAGCAUGCACCCCGCCUGGUGGCAAGGGCAGGGGGGAAGGCAAGACAGCCCCUGGCCGAGUUCCCAGCCUGAUCCGUGCACGUUUCUUCUUCUCCUUGGACACACCCUCGUCCAAACUUCUGCCAUUUCAUGCCCGGAUAGCUUCAGGGAUCCCUCACUGAUGCCCUGGCAACUGUUUUAUUCUCCUGCAAAGAGCAGUCCACAUGCAUGGCAGCCAGAGAGGUGUCUUCAGAGUAAACUAGAUCCCACCAUUUUAAAACACUCCAAUCUUCUCCCCUACCCCAUUGCUUCGAGAAUGAAGACUAGAUGCCUGAUCGCAGCUGUUAAGCCCUCUGAGGUGUGCCCGCUUCCAGCCUGUGUGUUCCUCUCACCCCUAAGCUCUUGCCCCUGUCAGCUCCUUCUAUCUACUGUAAUCUUUCCAACCUCAUAGCCUUUGCACAUGCUGUUCCCUCUGCCUAGAAUACCUUUCCCCACAGAAGGUGCACACUGAGAUGGAACCAGCCUUAGAACAGGGCAGCUGUACUCUCUGGGCUUGUUUCCUCCCUUUACUUAGAGUCCCUUUCCCAAGACUGCUAACGUGACCCAUUUUCCCCUUCCUGAAGCUUCUUGGGUACAGAGCUGUGGGGGCCACUAGUUAGUCUGGCUCUGGGCCCAGGCCCAGCUCAGAAGGCAGACUUUGGAAGCUGCGGGGAGAAAGAGAGAACUCGUUUAUUCUACUCACCCUCCUCCCAGUGGAAACCGGGCCUAACCGCCAACGCCAGUGCCAGGUGCCCAACUGGGCCUCAGAACACACUGAGGGCAGAUGUGGUGGGUCCUCCCAGCUGUGUGUGGGGGUGGGGCUCUGUGGGAGAGUCAUCAGCCUUUAAUUAAAGUCCCUAAAUUGCUUCCCCAGCUGCUCAGUGGGUUUUCCAUGUUGGAAUGUUCCAGAAGGGGUGAGAAGUGCUGAUUCAAUUACUCUCUUCCUGUUCCUUCCAGUGGAGAAGGGGCCAGGGACCACUUUUCACCCUCUUACCCCAGCCAGACUGGGAUGGGGUGGGUGGGGGUGAGGGGUCCUCAUGGCCGCGAGAGUCCAGGAAGGGUCCCGGAGAAGCCUGGGAAGUGGCUGCCUGAUUGGAUGGCCAUCAGCUGUGGCUAGGUGGCCGUCAGCUGUAACUAGUGAGCCAUUGGGCACUAAUAUAACGGCCAUGGCUAAGCUAGCAG